CUUUUGCGCCCCGUCCAGUAGAGCCCCCAUUCUUUCCUUAAUACAUAUGUAGAUGUGGUUUAAGUACAGUAAUUGUAAUAACUGUAUGUGAGGUGAAUCCUAUUAUGUGUCAUUUGAUAUUUCCUCUUACAAGGGACACACGCAUUUCGUUACACCCACAUUAACAUCUGUUAAAUAUGUGUAUGUGACCAAUACAAUCUGAUUUGACAAGGGAAGGGCGUCAUGAUGAGUUAGGUUAUUGUCGGACACAGUCCAGCCAGUGUAGGCCAAGCAUGCCCAGGUAUUGUAGGCUAUAGCAUAUAGGCCCUGGGUCAUUAUAUUUCUUAGGCCUAUUGAUUGCAUAUUGCAAAGGUUGUUCCAUCUAUGUGUUACAAAUAUGCUAUAACAAUUCAAUGCAAUAUUUUAAGGCAAUAUUCCCGAAUUGAUUGCCUGCCCCGAAGACACAUUUAUUGACAGUUAUCAAAUACCUCAAAAGUUGAAUUAAUCAUUAAAAAAAACGAGUUAAUAAAAAAUGGUACUACAGUUAAAAAGUCGUUAGUUGUACGGCGUCAUGUCGGCUGAUGCUGUGGUUACCAUGUAACGGGACUGGAGUCUUUUACGCAACAAUGUGGACCAAUGUCAUGAACAUGGGCCUACAAAAUCCUACGCCACAAUUAAUGAAGUUAUAGUCUAUGAUAAAAGCAAAGUGUCAUGAAACGACAUAUUAAAUGUUGUGCGAAAGAAGAACAGGAUCGACUUUCAACUGCACAUUUAUUGGAGGUCGGCGAUGACUGUGAUGAUGACUAUGAUCAAACAGAGAGCAAUGACGGAGUCGGUGCCUGGUCGCAAGAUGCAUGUAGUUACAGGAUUGAUAUUUGCACCAAGGACAAACUUUCCAGAAAAAUAAUUUCAUAUCAGAGAAGAGAGUGUGCAGAGAAUACAUGUGAUGUCAUAUCGCAAUCUCAGCAUUACAACGACCCUGAGCGGUUCAUUGAACAAUACAGAAGUGACCGAUUGCGCCGUUUCCCCUGUCACACACAUAUCCCUACACAUCCGGGGACAUGGGUGGUGCUCAAAAGCUGCGAGGAAGAGCCCUUCGAUUUUACCAUGCCACCAAUCAGAGGUAAAAACAACAGCGCUACUGGAGACUACUUGGAGCAACAAUAUGCACUUAUAUCUGAAAAAAGAGACACGUUUCCCAAACACAAACAGACGGAUGAAUGUAAAAAGUUAUCUUCUGCAUGUGUUCAAGAUGAUGAAAUGCUCUGUUUUACCUGCCACGCUAUGCUAAGGUCAUUUCAAAAUUGUGGAGACAAGGAGCUGUCCUACUAUGAGCCAAAUGGCACAGUCUACUCACCUAUCAACAACAUGGGCAUCAAGCUGCUGACAGUGCAACAAACGCACACCUCGUUGGACGCCUUGCGGAGGAACCAGCGACUCAGGAGCAGCGCUGUCAUCAGGAGGCACCCACGAGCCAAUAAGAGUGCCACCUUAGGGGACAUCUCCCUGUCAACAUUCAAAAACAACGUGGUGUGGUGUAACGGCUAUCGAGAGACCUCUUCCAUGCAGGCCGCCGCUCUCCCUCAUGUUCCCAGUUCUUCAUCCAAGAAAGGAAACAAUAAGGCUAAUCCUUUUACGGUCAAAGGGUUGAGAAGGCUCCCUCCAAGUCAGAAUGGGACCAGGCCUGGCCGCUCCUUUCCCGAGUCAUCUCCUCCCAGUGGGAGAUCCAUCACCCCAGGCACCCAGAUCUCCUCCACCACCCCCUUACCUCCAUCACACCCCUGGAAGUCCAGCUCUACAUGCUACCUGACCCCUCCACAGUUGGCACCCACGAAGCCCCUGGUGGUCCAGCAGAGGAAAAAGAGAUGGUGCCCUCUCCGAGACGGUGAGAGGGUUGGCUUUGCAGAGAUUUUGUUGAAACAGAGGAUAAUGGUAUUACAUUAAAUGCAGUUACAUUUUCUAUGCUAAUUCGUAUCAUACAGACUCUUUGCUCCUUGUCCUAAAAGUAAUACAUAGGAAAAGUUAUAAUUGUGUUUAAUUGUGAAAUGUGUUACCUUCUAUGUACUGUGUAAUGAAUUCCCUUUACAAAAAAACAGGUGCACUGCCAACUUUAUCCAUCACCACUAGAGGGCAGCGGUGACUGUUACUAAAGUUUUGGAUCGUGAAUUAUUAUAGUAGGUAAUAAGAACUUCCACUUGUUUCCCUCAAAAUCAAAAAAUGAGGGGUACAUGUGAAGAUGAGUAACGCAACAUUUACUUUGAUAUGUAUACUUCCAACGAGAAUGGAUCAAUUAUGGAACAGAAGAUUUGCAUAUAUUUAAACAGGAGAAUGGUGUGGAAACAUAACAAUCCCAGUUUACUGAUGAAUGGUGAACCUGAUUUCUAUGUUGGCAUAACAUUACUACUACACUGUAUUGGCCAUUGAGUUCACAGUUGACAAGUGUCUACUGAAUUAUAUCAGCACAUAAAUAAAAGAAGAUGGUCUACAAUAUAAGAUCGCGACAGAAUCUCAGGUUACCAAAAUUGCUCACGCUUUUCAAAUGGGUAAACCAGAGUCAAUC